AUGAUGCCACUGGUUUUAGUUGUGUUCUCAUGUUUACUUUUUGCAUUAUCAAAGCAAGGAUAUGUCCUAGAGAUUCUCCUUGAAAGAGAGACCUGGGUGAAACAAGUCGCAGGGUCCUAUUCUAUCAUAAACAUGGGAGAGGAGAAUGUUAAACAGCCAUUGUUGGAGAGGAAGAAGUACUACGAGAACUGCCCCGGUUGCAAAGUCGAUCAAGCCAAAGAGCUGAGUGAGGGACAAGGUGUACCCUUUAGAAAUCUUUUUAUCAUAUGGAUGUUGGUGUUGUAUACUGCACUGCCAAUAGCAUCUCUCUUUCCAUUCCUUUAUUUCAUGGUCAGGGAUUUUAAUAUUGCGGAAACAGAAGCUGAUAUUAGUUAUUAUGCUGGUUAUGUGGGUUCUGCUUUCAUGCUUGGCAGAUGUUUGACAUCUGUGUUGUGGGGAAUGGUAGCUGAUCGCUAUGGUCGAAAGCCUGUAAUAGUUAUAGGGGUUGUUGUAAUUGUCAUUUUCAACACACUAUUUGGCUUUAGCACAAGUUUUUGGAUGGCUGUUAUUACGAGAUUUUGUCUGGGAAGUUUAAAUGGUAUGCUUGGACCAGUGAAGGCCUAUGCCACUGAAAUUUUUAGAGAGGAACACCAUGCUAUAGGGCUCUCAACUGUCAGUGCAGCUUGGGGCACAGGUUUAAUCAUUGGCCCAGCAUUGGGAGGCUAUUUGGCUCAGCCAGUAGAGAAGUACCCAAAUGUAUUUCCAAAGGAUUCCUUUUGGGACAAGUUUCCAUACUGCUUGCCCAACCUUAUAAUAUCAGCAUUAGCGUUUAUAGUAAUUAUUUGCUGUUUCUGGAUUCCGGAAACACUUCACAACCACAGUUCUAGCAGUGAGUCCAUAGACGAUGUCGAAGCUAUAGAAAAUGGAAACAGUGGAGCUGACAAAGAAAUGAUAAUCCAGAAGAAGGAAAACCUCCUCCUGAAUUGGCCCUUAAUGUCAUCUAUCAUUAUUUAUUGUGCUUUCUCACUUCAUGAUAUUGCUUAUCAAGAGGUUUUCUCAUUAUGGGCUGUCAGUCCUCGAAAGCUAGGGGGUUUGAGCUUCUCAACUAAUGAUGUUGGUAAUGUUCUUUCAAUAACAGGUGUUGCUCUUAUCAUUUACCAACUUUUGGUAUAUCCAUCUGUGGAAAGAGCUUGUGGACCUGUUGGAAUUGGGCGCAUUACAGGGAUGUUAUCAAUACCUCUUUUGCAAAGCUACCCCUUCAUUGCAUUGUUGUCCGGCGUCGCAGUAUACGUAGUCGUAGUUAUUGCUUCAAUUCUAAAGAAUAUUCUGUCUACCACCAUUAUUACUGGUUUGUUCCUCCUACAAAACCGAGCAGUGGAACAACACCAAAGGGGGGCUGCUAAUGGCAUUGCUAUGACAGCCAUGUCUCUAUUCAAAGCUAUUGGCCCUGCUGCAGGUGGUGCAGUAUUAACUUGGUCACAAAAGCGGAUGGAUGCUUCAUUCCUCCCAGGCACUCAUAUGGUGUUCUUUGUCCUGAACAUAGUUGAAGUUGUUGGAAUAUUAAUGAUGUUCAAACCAUUCUUUGCUGAGAAGAAGAAAACACCCUCAGAUCAGUUACACUGA